UAGCAUGGCUGCCUUCCUCCGCCUGGCUCCCCUCCUCUAACUUCUGGACUGUAGUUUAAAACGAAGCUAUUCGGCCUUGCUCAGACCUGUACCUGGAAGGUGGAAAGGCUAUUUCUGAUGCUUGGAAGCUAUCCUUUCAGCCGUAAGGAUGGUAAUAAAUCUUUGUCUCCCACAGUUCAGACCAAGAAUUUACUGCAACAAGAUAUCAGCUGAUGGUUAUGAAGUAGAAAAUCUCAUCUCUGAAGACCUCACAAAGAGAAGUCAUGGUUUUAGGACAGAGUAUUUCAUUAAGCCACCAGUCUAUGUGACAGUUUCCUUUCCCUUCAAUGUGGAAAUCUGUAGGAUUAACAUAGACCUCACAGCUGGGGGAAGCCAGAAUGUCACUGGCCUGGAAAUGUAUACAUCUGCCUUGUCCAGCAGAGUGUCUUGGAAUACCCCCGAGUGCCAGACCCCAGGCCCAGAUGAGCCAUCCAUUCCGGAGAAAGAAGCGUUCACUUUGGUGGGCAAAGUCUUGUUGAAAAACCAGAGCCAAGUGGUGUUUAGCCACAGGGGCUUCAAAGCCAGGCCACCUUUUGGCCCGAUGGAAGCCACACUUCCCUCCCCUGCUGUUGUGGCCCAGGAGCUCUGGAAUAAAGGGGCUCUUUCUCUUAGUCAUGUGGCCCAUCUCAAGAUUUGUAUCACCCAUGUGACAGGCAGUGGUAUCCCUUGUAUCAAGCGGUUGGAAGUAUGGGGUCAGCCAGCCAAAACCUGCUCUCAGGAGGUGAUAGACAGUAUUUUGCUGGUUGCCUCAGAGAGCCUCCCUCAGGAGUUGUCUCUACAGGCCCCAGCCUUGCCCAUGGAGAGUGACUGUGAUCCUGGGGGCCAGUCUGAGGGCCAGCAGGCCCCCUCCAGCCUACUGGAGCUGGCUGAGGUAAUUCGGGAUGUACCUGAAGAGUUCCUGGAUCCCAUCACCCUGGAGAUCAUGCCUUACCCCAUGCUGCUGCCCUCAGGCAAGGUCAUUGACCAGAGCACGCUGGAGAAGUGUAACCGUAGUGAAGCCACAUGGGGCCGAGUGCCCAGUGACCCUUUCACAGGAGUAGCCUUUACUCCGCACUCCCAGCCCCUGCCUCACCCCUACUUGAAGGCCCGGAUCGACCAUUUCCUGCUCCAGCACUCCAUCCCUGGCUGCCACCUGCUUGGGAGAGCACAGACUGCAUUGGCAGUGACCCCUUCUUCCAUUGCUCUGCCCUCUCAGAAAAGGAAGAUGGAGCAGGGUGAACAUGCCCCAGACAGUAGCCUUGGCUUAAAUGCUUCCUGUUUUUCUACCACAAGCCUUCUGGUCUCACCCACUACCUCAGAGCACACUGCUAAGAAAAUGAAAGCUGCCAGUGAGCUCAUGGAUUGUUCAACAGGUCCAGUAUCCCAUGAGCAAAAGCUGUCGCAAAGCUUGGAAAUUGCCUUGACGUCAACCCUUGGCUGCAUGCCCUCCUUCACAGCUCGGCUGACCAGGGGACAGCUCCAGCACCUCAGCACAAGAGGGAGCAGUACUUCCUGGAGGCCAGGCUCCAGCUCGGAGCAGCCUGGGAGCAUCCUGGGCCCCGAGUGCACAUCCUGCAAAAGAGUGUUCUCUCCCUACUUCAAAAAGGAGCCCGUGUACCAGCUUCCCUGUGGCCAUCUCCUGUGCCGGCCCUGCCUGGGUGAGAAGCAACGCUCCCUGCCCAUGACAUGCAUAGCCUGCCAGCGGCCAUUUGCCAGCCAGGACGUUCUGCGGGUUCACUUCUGAGUGACUGACCUCAACCUGAGAAGACCCAUCGCUGGGAGGAGCUGAGGAGGAGCGAGUGGGGGGUCAAAGCUCCUGAGGUCUGGCCAGGUCCCAGGCACAGGGGGGCCCUGCUUUCUCGCGGGCUUUCCCUUUGUCUCCUCCCACAGCAUAGCACAUGGGCCUGCGGAGUGAGGGGUCAGGGAAGGGGCUCUCCACGCCUGCUCAAGUGGCAAUAGGAUAACAAAGCCAUAGUUUGAGCUGGGAGGGAUGGAGGAGAUGUCCCUGCCCUCCUGUGCCUCCCUGCCAGCACCCCCCUGCCAGAGCCCAGGGCCUGCUAGAGCCAGCCCCACCCUCUGAGGCCCCCCAGGUCGUCUGCACACACCCCUCAGCCUACAAGGCGGAUGUGAAUGUGGCUCGGGAUCUCAGAGAGAGCCUCCACCUUCAGUGUCACCCAAAAGUGGAGCAUGGCAAGGAUCUGUGGAGUAAAUGACUCAGCCCCUCUGACUGGCAAACCACUCCGAGCCUUAAUAAAGCAAUGGUUGACAUCCGC